AUGAAACGGGGCAAGAGGGUGGACUGUCCGGCGUUGCCCCCCGGCUGGAAGAAGGAAGAGGUCAUCCGCAAAUCGGGGCUGAGCGCCGGCAAGAGCGAUGUCUACUAUUUCAGUCCAAGUGGGAAGAAGUUCCGAAGCAAGCCCCAGUUGGCCAGAUACUUGGGGAACACGGUUGACCUCAGCAGUUUCGACUUCAGGACAGGGAAGAUGAUGCCAAGUAAAUUGCAGAAGAACAAACAGAGAUUAAGGAAUGAUUCACUCAGUCAAAAUAAGGGUAAACCAGAUUUAAACACAACGCUGCCAAUCAGACAAACAGCUUCUAUUUUUAAACAGCCUGUAACCAAAGUUACCAACCAUCCUAACAACAAAGUGAAGUCUGAUCCACAGCGAGUGAUUGAACAGCCCAGACAGCUUUUCUGGGAGAAGAGGCUUCAAGGCUUAAGUGCAUCAGAUGUCAGUGAGCAGAUCAUAAAAUCCAUGGAACUUCCUAAAGGUCUUCAAGGCGUGGGCCCGGGGAACAACGAUGACACUCUCUUGUCGGCUGUAGCCAGCGCAUUGCACACGAGUUCUGCUCCCAUCACAGGACAAUUGUCUGCUGCCGUGGAAAAGAACCCAGCUGUGUGGUUGAACACAUCGCAGCCUCUUUGCAAAGCCUUCAUUGUUACAGAUGAAGACAUUAGGUGAGUACUUCACGGACCA